AUGACGCAGGUGGAGGUGUUGGGCGCCGCCGGGGUGGGAGGAGGUGGGGCGCCGCCGGGGAAGGAGGAGGUGGGGUGUCACCUGGGUGGGAGGAGGUUUGGCGCCACCGGGAUUGGAGGAGGUGGAACGCCAUCAGGGAGGGAGGAGGUGGGCGCCGCCUGGGCGGGAGGAGGUAGGCACCGCCUGGGCAGGAGGAGGUGGGGCGCCGCCGGGAUUGGAGGAGGUGGGGCGCCGUCAGGGAGGGACGAGGUGGGCGCCGCCUGGGCGGGAGGAGGUGGGGCUCCGCCUGGGCGGGAGGAGGUGGGGCGCCGCCGGGAUUGGAGGAGGUGCGGCAGUUGGUCGCCAGGGUAG